AUGCCAACAUUGAAGAACACCACAGAGACCGAAGUGGCAGCGUCGUACAACAUCCAAAAGGAAAAAACUGUUUUACUAGCAACAGCAAUGGUAAUUAUAAGGACUAAAAAACAAGUUAAUCCGAUACGAGCACUUCUUGAUCAAGGAUCACAAUCUUGUAUAAUAACAGAACAAUUAGCAAGAUCAAUUAAAGCACCAUUGACCAAUUAUCAAACUCAUGUAAAAGGUAUCAAUGGACAAACAACAAGCGUUAUAGCCAAAUGCUCAUUAGAAAUUCAAUCUAUACAUGAUGAAAAUAAGAGCUGUCAUAUCGAAGCAACAGUGUUACCAAAAAUCACAUCAAAAAUGCCAAAUGCAGAAUUCACGCCAGGAAAAUGGUCGCAUAUUGAUGGAUUGCAGUUAGCAGAUCCUUGGUAUGCUGAACCAAAGGAAAUACAAUUGUUAAUCGGGUCGGACGUGUUACCAGAAGUGUUUAAAGAAGGAUUAAUUAAAGGGCCAGACAACUCUCCAAUGGCUCAAAACACAUUAUUUGGAUGGAUAUUAUCAGGACCUUUAGAUGUAGAGCGUACAAUCACAAACAAAAUAAUGUUAUGCUCCGUAGCUUGCGAAAACAGCGACGAGUAUUUAAAACGGUUUUGGAAAUUAGAGGAAAUUUCAAAUGCAGACUUAAGAACAGUAGAAGAAAGGCAUUGUGAGAGACAUUAUGAUUCAACUUGCACCCGCGAUAAAACAGGACGAUACAUCGUUAGGUUACCACUGAAAAAUGAUCGAGAAACGUUAGGUGAAUCCAGAAAGAUGGCAUUAAAACGGUUCUUUUCAUUGAAAGAACGAUUUAAGAAGAAUCCAGCACUAAAGCAAGAGUAUGUGAACUUUAUGCAAGAGUAUAUCAAGCUGGGUCAUAUGAAGGAAGUUAAUGAGAAACCAAAGACAAAGGUAUAUUAUUUGCCGCAUCAUGCAGUUAUUAAAGAAGACAGCACGACAACAAAACUUCGAGUGGUUUUUGAUGCGUCCGCAAAAACGACAUCAGGGCAAUCACUGAACAGUAUUAUGAUGACAAGCCCUACGUUACAAAAGGCAAAUACUGAUUCAUCAUGA